UAUGAGUAAUAGUCAAUGCCCAUCACAACAUGUAGAAUUGGGGAAAAUCUCAAAUUAAACAGAAGAACAGGCAUGAACAGGCCUUUAUAGAUAAGACCUUCCUUGAUGUAUAACGCACAAUAUAAAUAAAGGGGGAUAGCAGGACCCCAACAUGUGGGCAGCCUUCUGAUACUGACAUCUCCAUUGUAUCAUUAUUCAGAGUAGCCUGAACUUGUCUUCCACGAAGCAUGUUAUCAAUCCAUCUGCUGAUUGUGUGUGUGACUCCGUGUUUGGACAAAGCAGUGUUCAUAGAUUCAAAUGAGUAGGUUGAAGCGGGUUCGUGUAGGUGGACAAAAUGAAGAUAAUAAUAGGAACUUUACUCUUAUGUGCAACAGCUCUAUGCGACCUUCCAAGAGGCUUAAGACCACCCUCAAAAUAUCACCUUUAUAGAGCACCCAUUACCGAUCUGAGGCUAAACUCUAAACUCACCAUUGAGCAACUGAUUAAUUUGACUGAAAAAUUACAAAGUAGACCUCACAAGAAUUAUGGUGUUCCUGAUGUUAAGCAUGUGGAAAAUUUUGAUCGGCAACAGUUGCCUUAUAGACCUCCUACAGGGUUUAGGCAACAAUUUCAACAAAGUACAUUUGGAGCGAAUUCAUAUCAGCCUCAACAGAAUUCUUUUGGAGGAAAUGGACAAAAUCAACCCCAACAGCAAUAUUUGUCUCAAAACUCAGUGGGAGAAAAUCAGUAUGUGCCUCAACAACCUCAAAACUCAUUGGGAAAAAGUCAGUUUGUGCCUCAACCACCUCAAAAUUCUAAUAGUCAACAGCCUCAGAAUUCAUUUGGAAUGAAUCAGUAUUCGCCACAACAAUCUUCUGGGAUAAAUUUCAACAACCAAAACCAACAACGACAACCUGAAAACUCAUUUGGAGGAGUUUCCAUUAAUCAAAAUUCGCUUCAACAAGUAAGUCAAUAUCCGCCUCAACAGUCUCAGAAUUCUGAAAACUCUUUACAUCAAGCUCAAAGAGGUUCAAAUUCGUUGCCUACAAGUUAUUUGCCAACUCAAACCACCCCAAGGAGUGUUGUAGCUACUACAUUGAAACCUUCAACUACAACAGCUACAAGUACUACUACUGUUGAAGCAAAUGAUUACGAUUAUAAUCAACAGACUGAAGAAGGUCCAAAUAUUUCGGUAUCAAACGCAGUUGCAGGAGGAGGAAGUUUCUUUUAUCUACAACAGCCCGAUGGAAGGUUGCAAAAAGUGAUUUUGCAGAAAACUCAAGAGCCAAAUAGUAAACCUGAAGAGUACGUGGCAAAUUAUUAUUUUCAAAACGUCCAAGCGCUUCCUAACACUGUUUACACGCCUUUAAUCAAUUUGGGUGCUUAUACACAAAAGUAAUUGUAAUUUUUAGGGGCAAGCUGUGAUUUUUUGUUAUAUAAGAUGUUUGUUUUCACUAUAGAUCUAUAUUAAAAAGUGAUACUGUCUUUUACUUUAUUGAUGAUUACCUUUUUCUUCUUCCUUUGCGGAUGCCUUAAGGCUUGUUUCUCCC